AUGUUUAGGAUUAAACCCAUAUGCAUAAACAAAUUCACAUUUUCCCGCCCACUCCUCGAUUACACAAGCCUAUUAAACACUACCAAACAUCCCCCUUUUUCUUCCAUUGAAAACCUUUCUUUGCCACUCUCCAUUGUCAUCGGACCUUCUCCACCGGUCCUCUUCACGCUUCCUGCAGAGAUCCAAGGUUUUGACUGCGAGAUGGUGCCUAAAAACGAAGUCAUGGAAGAACCAGUAGCAGAUUCUCCGACUUCGGUGCUUGAAGACGAGGAUGUCUGCAAGGAUAAAUCUGCUGUGAAGAUGGAAGAUGAACUGUUAUGCGAGACAAAAAAUGGGGACGCAACUCUCAUCCCAGCUGUAAUGGCAGAAGAGGAAGUAAAACUUGAACAACAAAGGAAUCAGGAAGAAGAAGCUGUGGAAAAGGAACCUCCUACCUUGAACGACACACAGUUUACUAAACUGGAUGAGCUUCUUACUCAGACUCAGCUUUACUCUGAAUUUUUACUGGAAAAAAUGGACGACAUAACUAAAAAUGGGGUGGCUGAAGAUGUUAAUGGAGUAAAAGGGGCGAAGAAGAAAGGCCGUGGUGCUAAAAGAAAAUCUGCCUCAAAUUACAACACAAGGAAGGCCAAAACAGCUGUAGCAGCCAUGCUUACACGAUCUGAAGAAGGUACCCCUUUUGAUGACACCAAUCUCAGUAAAGAAGAGAGAGCUGCAAUAGAGCAGGCUGAGCUUGUUCCUUUGUUGACUGGUGGAAAGUUGAAACCUUAUCAAGUUAAAGGUGUCAAAUGGAUGAUCUCACUGUGGCAAAAUGGUCUUAAUGGUAUUCUUGCUGACCAAAUGGGACUUGGGAAAACAAUACAAACUAUUGGUUUUCUUGCACAUUUAAAAGGGAAUGGCUUAGAUGGGCCCUACUUGGUUAUUGCCCCUUUGUCUACUUUGUCAAAUUGGGCAAAUGAGAUUGCAAGGUUUGUCCCAUCUAUGAAUGCAAUUAUCUACCAUGGAGAUAGAUCUGCAAGAGAGGAACUAAGGAGAAAACACAUGCCAAAAUCAAUAGGCCCAAAGUUUCCAAUUGUGAUUACUUCAUAUGAAGUAGCAAUGAAUGAUGCUAAAAAGCACUUGAGGCAUUACAACUGGAAAUACCUUGUGGUUGAUGAGGGUCACAGAUUGAAAAAUUCUCAAUGCAAACUAUUAAGAGAGUUAAAAUGGUUACGUGUUGAAAACAAGCUUUUGUUGACUGGAACACCUCUUCAGAACAAUCUUGCAGAACUUUGGUCUUUGCUCAACUUCAUUUUGCCUGAUAUAUUCUCGUCCCAUGCUGAAUUUGAGUCAUGGUUUGAUCUAUCUGGAAAGUCAAACACCGAGGAAGGAGAAGAAGGGAGAAAAUCAAAAGUUGUAGCAAAGUUGCAUGCUAUUUUGCGUCCUUUUCUGCUGAGAAGAAUGAAAGAAGAUGUUGAACAAAUGCUUCCUCGCAAAAAAGAGAUAAUUUUGUAUGCUACUCUUACUGAGCAUCAAAAGAACUUCCAAGAUCUUUUGGUCAACAAGUCUCUUGAAGCUUAUCUGAGAGAGAAAGUCGACACUGGUCGUGGUUCGAAAGGACAGCUAAAUAAUCUGAUGAUUCAGCUCAGGAAAAAUUGCAACCAUCCUGACCUCUUGGAGGGAGCCUUUGAGGGUUCAUGUUUUUAUCCACCUGUAGAACAAAUAGUUGGACAAUGUGGGAAAUUUCAGUUGCUUGAAAAAUUGCUGCAAAAGCUGUUGGCUCGCAAACACAAAGUUUUAAUUUUCUCUCAGUGGACUAAAAUAUUGGAUAUAAUGCAUUACUACUUCAGUGAGAAGGGUAUCGAAGUUUGUAGAAUUGAUGGGAGUGUGAAGUUAGAUGAGAGAAGACAACAAAUCCAGGAGUUCAAUGAUGUGGAUAGUGAUCUUAGAAUAUUCCUUCUGAGCACAAGGGCUGGUGGGCUAGGAAUUAAUCUGACUGCAGCAGAUACCUGCAUUUUAUAUGAUAGUGACUGGAAUCCUCAAAUGGAUCUUCAAGCAAUGGAUAGAUGUCAUAGAAUUGGGCAAACAAAGCCUGUUCAUGUCUACAGGCUUGCAACUGCACAAUCUGUUGAGGGUCGGAUUUUGAAAAGAGCUUUCAGGAAGCUGAGGCUGGAGCAUGUGGUGAUUGGAAAAGGUCAGUUUCAACAGGAGAAGACAAACACAGAAGUUUUGAAGGAGGAGGACAUGCUGGCGCUUUUGAGAGAUGAUGAUGAUCCAGAAGACAAAAGGAUACAAACAGAUAUAAGCGAGGAGGAUCUUGAAAGGGUGUUGGAUAGGAGUGAUCUGCUUGCAAAAGCAGGAUCAGAUGCGAAGCCCGAGUACAUGACAAGUGCACUGCCACUUAAAGGCCCUGGUUGGGAGGUGGUCAUUCCCACAGCUACUGGUGGGAUGCUUUCCACUGUCAACAACUAACGCAACCAUGUUUACCAUUUUGCCCUUUUGGAACAAACACUCACAGUUGCCUCUUUAUUUUUUUUUGGAAUGACGGUGUUUGGUUAGGAUUUUGUGUGGGUCUAGAAAUGGAAUUAUGACCCUUUUCUUUUAAAUGUGAGCACUGAUUAAGUAGGUUCAUGUGAUGUAAUAUUGGUAAGACUUAAGAGAGAAUGGGCAAGUAAGAAAAUGUUAAACAUGUUUUGCUUUGCGUUUAGACUUUAGAGCAUCUACAACUACAAGGCAAUGUUUGGGCU